AUGCCUGUUCGUCGCAACAUAAGUCGACGAGGCAGCCGCAAGAAGAUGCCAGUUUGUGGUGCAAGAGUUGAGCACCCACCACCAGUUCUUCAACUGAACAAUGAAGAAGAACAUGAGCCACAAAAAUCAGAAACCCAUGUUGAUUAUUGCCAGCUGAAGAUCACACAGGAAUUUGGAGAUUCCCCUAGCCCUUCAAUCCCACAGACACUUAACUGGGGACCUGGUGGUGCUCGAAGUCGUACUCGACAUGGUCUUGCUAAUGGUAGAAAAGCAGCCCGUAGAAUAUCCAGAGUAGCUGAUUAUCUAGACAUUUCAGGGAAGAAUGAGGAGGUUGGUCACGUCUUGAGGCAUAGUUCAUAUUAUGAUUGA